CCUAAGUAGCACAAGCAAACAAUGGAGGUGAUCAACAACUAGACCAGACACAGUUUUGGACUAUCUGCUGUGCUUAAAAAUACAAAAGAUGGCAACAGGCGGCACAGAUAAUGGUAUGGCAACUGACGACCCAGAACUGGACAUGGCAACAAGCGGCACUGGUAGUGACAUUUUAAUGGUGGCAGCCAUUGAUUUUGGUACCACAUAUUCCGGAUACGCAUACUCUCUAAAAGGCGAAUAUGAAAAAGACAAACUGAACAUCCACGCUAAUCAGUCAUGGAACUCGGGAGGAAAAUCACUAAUGUCGUUAAAAACUCCAACAUGUAUUCUUAUUAACAAAGAGAACAAAGAGUUUGAAUCAUUUGGAUACGAAGCUGAGAAUGCGUACGCAGAUAUUGUCAUUGAGAACGAGGCAGACAAUUAUUACUUUUUUGACAGAUUCAAAAUGAUGCUUUACACACGUGAGGACAUCUCCACAAACAUGGAAAUCGAAGACGUCCGAGGAAACUCUUUACCUGCCAUAGAUGUGUUUGCAGCAGCCAUUGGAGCUUUAACACAACACAUGAUGGACCACGUGGAGAGGCAAAGAAUCAACCUACAACCAAAUGAAAUAAAAUGGGUUUUAACAGUACCUGCCAUGUGGACAGAUAAAGCAAAGGAGUUCAUGAGAGAAUGCGCUGAAAAGGCCAAAAUCAGAAAAGACCGCCUUGUCAUCGCAUUGGAACCAGAGGCAGCAUCUAUAUAUUGUCAGCACCUUCCUCCAGAUAAAAUGACGGGGGCCAUCGAGGGGUUUUCUAUAGCAGACGAUGGUUCCAAAUAUUUAGUUAUAGAUAUAGGAGGGGGAACAGUUGAUAUAACUGCCCAUCACAAGGUUGGUAAAGACGAUCUACAAGAACUAUGUUCAGCAUCAGGCGGGGCAUGUGGAGGAACAACUGUCGAUAGAGAAUUCCUCAAUUUAUUUGAAAAUAUCGUCCAAGUGAGGGCAAUGGAGACAUUAGCUAGGGAGAGUACUGCUAGUUACUUAGAUCUGUUGAGAGAGUUUGAAACUGUGAAAAGAACAGUCAUUACAUCAAAGCGUCCGAAGAUAAAUUUUACUAUACCUUUUACUGACUUAAAUGCUCUCUGCGAGCGUUUCUUAGAAAAAACCUUUGAAAAUGCCGUCAAAGAUUCAGAGUAUAGUGGUCAAAUAUCUUUGGUUGGUGACAAAAUGCGAAUGGACAGAGACUUAAUGAAGUCGCUGUUCGAUACAGCGUGUACCAAUAUUGUCCAGGAGAUACGCAAUGUCCUGCAAAGAGUACCAACGACUACUCUGAAAACCUUUCUCCUAGUUGGAGGAUUUUCAGAAUGUUCAAUAAUUCAAGAUGCUAUAAAACAGGCAUUCCCAGAUGUACAAAUUUUGAUCCCUAGAGAGGAUCCUGGUCUAGCUGUUGUGAAAGGUGCAGUUUUGUUUGGUCAUAAGCCAGAUUUUAUAACAUCACGUAUUACAAGAUGCAAAUAUGGUAGACGCAUCCGUCCGAUAUUUGACGAGUCGAAGCAUGAUCCAGACAAACGCGUUGGUGGAGAUGGCGGAGAUCGGUGCCGCGAUGUCUUUGAAGAAUUUAUGGGAAAAGACAGAAAAGUUCAAAUAGACGAAGUUGUAAAAGUCGAAUACCAUACUGUGAUGAAUCCCCAGAGUUCCGUGUCUGUUGCUAUUUAUUAUACAUAUGAAGACCAUGCAGACUAUGUAGAUGACAAAGGUUGUAAAAAACUUGGUGAAUUUUCUGUACCUAUCCCAGAUCCGACCGAAGAACGGCGAUAUGUUGAUGUUGAAUUUAAGUUUGGAGGAACUUAUUUAGAAGUCACAGCUACCGAGAGGAAGACGGGAGAGAGAAUACAGUAUAAUUACAGCUUAGUAAACUAGGAGUUGUUGUGUAAUACGUAUUAUACCAUGCAUUCUGCUUAUAGGUGCAAACAAUUGUACAAUUAAACAAAUAUGCUUUUUUUUAAAUAGAAAUAUUGUAAAAACAUAAGUAAAAUUAAUGAGUUGCUUGCGCAAAACGACCUUCAUCCUUUAGACUUCAACGUGUUCAAGUAGUUGUUCUUUGUGACGUCUGCAACCUGAAUAAGAUUAUAAAUGAAACCAUGUUUUAAAAUAUAUUAUUUAAAGAACUAGACUGUAAAAAUAAUUUAUAUUAUUGAAAACUGUUUCUUUUAAUCUGUCAUGAAUGAUUUUCAAACUGUAUUGAAAAAGUUCAUUUAUCAGUCUUCUUUUCAGUAGCCAAAUAACUGCACCUGACAUGCAAAACUUUGGGCAUUUUAAUUGCUAUUGAAUGUAUAUGCCUAUUUUAUUGAGAGUUCAACUGCCUUGAUUUUAUUGUAAUCUUCGAUUGUAAUUCAUGUUGUAGUUUUUUGUAUAUUGGAUGUAAUUACUGAUAUAUUAUUUAAAAUUAUUAUUU